AUGACACUUGAAAAACCGAUCGAAGAAGACCUUUCGGACGUAAACAACAACGUCGGAGGCAGUCCGCCAACAGAUUUGCCAAGCUCACCCACCAAAGACCAAACCCUCUCUUCAGCCGACGCCGAUGCCGAGUCCCGUGGCAUAUCCUCCGCGUCUUCGCCCUUUGCUCCCUCCUCUGCCCCGCUCUCCACCGAAAACGGUCUGGGCAGAUGCAGUCUCACUACGCAAGACUCAGGCGUCGAUGAGACACUCGAUGAGACCAUGGAGGAGGAACGAGGGCGUGCAAAACACAAACUCUGCGGGGAGGUCCCGGAGACGGAGGAGGCCGACUAUGCUGGCUGGGUCAUCGAGGAGAAGGCCAAUGAGGUUUUAGCUUUGGGCUCUACUACGGCCUGUGCCGAACCGGAGGCGUCACCCAGCAAUCUGGCGACGCGGCCGACAGAAGAUACAACAGCUAACGUGGAUAUAUCCUACCCAGAGCGCCGAGGGACGCGACUACGACGUCGACGGAGGCGGUCAAGAAUAUCUCAGCCACUGACAGGGCGAGAUGUCGAAAGUUCAAAGGGUACGUUCAAGUCAGCCGAAUCUUGUUAUAGCAUAAAGACAGAACUCGUCUUAUUAACCUUUUCUGACCUCUUUAAUAAAUUUGAAUAUUUUCAGAAAUGUGGCAAAUCAGACAGCUAA